AUCGACAUCCCACACAGAAAACGCGUCCACACGAUGAACCCAUUCAAGGACUCCACACCACCUCCAACCUUCCGCUCCGCUAUGCCACCAAAUGAGGCCGAGCCCGUCACCAAGGCCAAUACCGACGCCACCUACACGCCUGAGAUCUUCCCACCAGAGGAAGAGAAACAGCUCCUCGAUGAGUCCAACACAGAAAAGACUUCCGCAAACAAAACUUUCACAUCAGGCGACUACACCACCGCAAUUCAAGGCUACGAAAAAGCCCUCGCCGUCUGCCCUACAUACCUCGAAUAUGACAUCGCGGUUCUCCGCUCGAACGUCUCCGCAUGCCACAUCAAGCUAAAAGAAUGGAAGGAAGCCGUUGAAUCGGCGACAAAAGCGUUAGACGCACUGGACAGGAUUGACCCACCACCUGCCAAAGAAGCCGGCGAGAACGGGCGAGGAGAUGCAGUGGGCGGUGUCAGUGAAAUCGACGACAGCACCGAGAUACUCCUCGAAGCACUCACCCGCACCGGACACUCCAUCAACGACGUCCACAAGCUGCGCACAAAAGCUCUCUUACGACGCGCAAAGGCACGGCACGAAGUCGGUGGUUGGGCGUCAUUGCAAGGGUCGCUGGAAGACUACCAAGCGCUGUCUAAAACGCCGCAUCAGUUGUCUGGCUUGGAUCAGAAGGCUGUGCAGGCUGCGAUGAGGACGUUACCUACUGAGCUGAAAACGACGAAGGACAAGGAGAUGGCAGAAAUGAUGGGAAAUCUAAAGAAGUUGGGCAACGGGAUUUUGAAGCCGUUUGGGCUGAGUACGGAUAACUUCCAGUUUCAGCAAGACCCGAAGAGUGGUGGGUAUAGUAUGAAUUUCAACCAGAAUCCUGGGAAGUGAGAUGAAAGGAGUCAGGGAGCUGUGAGAUUGUUCGUUUCGUAGAUUUGUUGGGAAACAGAGCGGUCUGCUUGCGAUACCCUAGAUUCGAGAUCUUCAAAAGAGCAUAGCCUU